AUGAACCAAACCGGCGCGGCAAUCUCGCCUGCCGCCGGCAACACCCACCUCGGACCUCUGGGUCAUCUUCCUCCCCCGACCUACCAACCUACCUUACCUACUCACCCCCCAUCUGCUACUCUGCUUGCCCCAACCUCAAUCAUCGACACCAUCACAGAUGUAUCCCCGUUCAUCCCCAUCGUCCUCGACCUGGCGGCGCACAACUACUACCACUGGCGUCAUUUGUUCCUUGUCCACCUCGGGCGCUGCGGCCUCCGCAGCCACAUCGACGGCGACAACCUGGCGGCCUCCUCCGAUCCCGUUUGGAUCAAGGACGACUUCGCCAUUCUGCAGUGGAUUUACACGCGGAUCUCAACGGAGCUGUUCGGCCUCCUCCCCAAGGACGGCGCCACCGCCUUCGUCAUCUGGCGCGAGCUCCAGCGCCUGUUCCAGGACAACCGCGAUGCCCGCAUCAACCACCUGGAGACAGCGAUGCGCACCCUCAAGCAGAGGGACGAGCCCGUCGGCACCUACUGCCAGCGCCUCAAGGCCAUGGCGGAUGAACUGCAUGAGCUCGGCGCUCCGGUGGAUGACCGCCGGCUCAUCUCCGCCACCCUCGCCGGCAUCAGCGAGCGAUUCGACAAGGUCACCUCCGUCAUCCCUCUGCUUCGCCCCGCGCCGCCGUACUCUGAGGUGCUCUCCAUGCUUCAACUCGAGGAGACCAAACUGCGCACCAGGAUGGAGCAACCGCAGGCCUUCUACUCCAACAACGGGCCUUGCAACAGCGGCAACGCCGCCCAAGCUCCGUCCCCGCAACAGCCGGCCGUGCGCCCCACCGGCGUCAGCCCGAACUACAAGGGCAAGAACCCGGUUCCCGGUUUUCAGCACCGGAACGCAUCCAACAACGGGUCGACCUCCACGACGCCAUCGGCUCACGCCUCACCAGCACCGCCUCGUCAACCGGCAGCGACACCGACGGCACCCAUGACUCCGCCAUGGCGUGCCCACACUGAUCCCUGGACCGGCUUGGUUCAGGCCUGGCCUGUCCCAUGGACCCAGGCAACUGCCGUCGCCGCGCCUGGCCCCGUGCCCUGGCAGCUGCCGUCGCCACGACUCGUCGGCGGCCCCGGCCUGCUUGGCCGGCCUCCUGCUCAGGCAUACUACUCCUUCGCGCAGAACCAUCAACCGGCGCCUGCAACAUACCCGGCCUCGCCAUUUGCGCCUCCUGCCUAUGCGGCUGCGCCGAUGCAAGCGCCGAUGUACGCACCUCCCACGACUCCUGCGUCUCCUGCCUGGGACCAAGCGGCCUUGGUCCACGCCUUGAACGCCUAUACCAACCACAAUGAUGGAGGCUGGAUCGUCGACUCUGGAGCAACUGCGCACAUGUCUGGAUCUCAAAACCCAGGCCCUGAUCGCACGACAUGAUAGCACUGGCGAUCUCUAUCCAUUCCAUGAAGCCAUGACAACCAACUCUGCAUCGGCGUUCCUCGCUAGUGUCAACCUUUGGCACCGUCGCUUAGGCCAUCCCAAUUCACAGACUGUAUCUAGUUUACUUCAGCAUUUUCAAAUUCCCUGUAGAAAAGACUCUCAUGACCCAGCGCUCUGCGAAGCCUGUCAGAGAGGAAA